AGAGAUGGUGAGAGCUCCUCUUCGCUCUGAGAAUGCGGCUUCUUUAAGGAAAGGGGCAUGGAGUCCUGAAGAAGAUCAAAGGUUGGUAGCUUACAUCAGGAGAUAUGGCAUUUGGAACUGGAAUGUCACCCCAAAAGCUGCUGGUUUGUUAAGGUCCGGGAAGAGUUGUAGACUUCGUUGGGUGAAUUAUUUAAGGCCAGGCAUAAAGCAUGGAAACUUUAGCAAGGAAGAAGAGGAAACCAUAGUCGAACUGCAUGAAAUGCUGGGAAACAAAUGGUCAGCAAUUUCAGCGAAAUUGAGUGGAAGAACUGACAAUGAAAUUAAGAAUCACUGGCACUCCCACUUGAACAAACGCUUGAAGGACAAAAUACCAGCACUAAACAACUUAGCUGAGACCAACCUGCUUCCACUUUCUGGUGUCACAGAAGCUUCAAAGUCAGUAGGCUCCAUGAAUAUCGAUAUCCCAAUUUCACCACUCUCAUCCAUGGGUAGUUGCUCUUCAUCACAUGCUGAUCCCGCUUUUCAAAUUGAUGAAUACAUGACCAUAGAGUCGAUUGGCUCAUCAGAAACAUUCGGAGAUCUUUCAAGCUUUUGGGCACAACCAUUUUCAAUGGAAGAUUUGUACAUGGAUGAUCUCCAAGCGACGUAUGUUGAUCCCGAACAAAUUGUUCCAAUUUAUCAAGUAUGGUACCAAGAACACAUGUGUCCAUAUGUGUUCUAUGAUGAUUUAUGCAGUGAUUUUUGGUUCAACCUCCAAAUUCAAGAAGAUGCAGAUGCAACCAAGGAGCCCGAUAUCCAUUUUUAA